AAAAAAAAAACACAAAGAAUUCCAAUCCUCCGCUCUCCUUUCCAUCUCCACUCUCUCUCGCUCUCUCUCGAUCGCUACAACGAAAGAAACGAGAAGAAAACCAUGGCUACAUUAGCGGCGGCUGCAGCAGCUCGACAAGCCGCUACUCUCUCUCGAAUCUCCUCUCCCAAGUCACCAGCUCAAGUCGCCGCUCUCAUCCACCGCCGCGGCCUCGCCGGCGCUGCAGACCACCAUGGGCCACCGAGGAUUAACUGCUGGCAAGAUCCAAUGAGCCCAUCUAAAUGGAAGGAAGAGCAUUUUGUUAUCGUCUCUUUAAGUGGUUGGGGUUUAGCCUUCUAUGGGGGAUACAAGUUCUUCACAGGAGGCAAAGGGAAGAAGGAAGAGGAAGUGGUAGAAGCAGCACACUGAGGCUUGAAGCGUGUAAUCGUCCCAUGACUUUUCUGGUAAUAAUGUGUUUGGCUGUACUUCACGUCUUGGGAUCAAUUUUCCUUGUUCGCAGAUGAUUCUGCUGAAAAGUAUUGUCAUUUGUUUUACUAGAGAAUGAUGGAUUAUUAAACUUGGAAGUUAAAUUGCUAAUUUUGGGAAGUAAAUAAGCCCUUUUACUUUGGCAUGGCCAUUUGGUUGUCACUCUAAUGGUUUGAUGUUUAUCCUUCAAUAUUCUGAUAAUCCGAUGCUAUAUUCCCCUAGUCCAAAUUCAUGUAAUGGAUUUACUACAAAUUACAGUUU